CUGGUUGUGGUUUAAUUUGUAACAACGUGUUAUCGGGUGUAUCUUCAUUCGACAGUUGGCUUUCCAGAUUGCAACAAAUCAUUUGGAUUGGGAAUUUGAAGAGAAAUACAAAAUUUAAUUAUAUUUUUAAUUGUUGCCAAGAUUCUAGCUACAUUUAUAUAAACUUGACUGCGGAAUACAUUAAUGACAAAUAACAAAUACAAUACAUAUUGAUGUAUUAAUGUAUAAGAAUAUUACUUCAAAACUAUCUCUAUUAACAUAAGUCGAUAAACUACAAAAUGCACAUCCGUUAACGAACAGAUAAAUACUUGGGAUCAAUACGUAUUGUUAAAUAUGAAAGGAAGUAUCACUUAUGAUGAAAUAUUGUUUGAAGUUAAUAAUGAUGGGCAAUUUCAAAAAUAUUAUAAUUACAAGUACAAUGUCGUUUUUGUAGUUUUGGCUUCUAUGACGUAUUUUAGUUAUGUUUUAUUGCUGGCAGUUCCCGACGUUUGGUGCGCAGUUCCAGGAAUUGAUAAAACCAAUUAUACUAAUAAUGAAUGGAAAAUUAAACAUAUUCCAUGGAACUCGGAGAAAAAUAAAUAUGAAUCCUGUUUAAUAUACGGCCCCAACAAUACAACAAUAAGUUGUCAGAAUGGGUUUGAAUACGAUACAACUUGGUUUGAAGAGACGAUACCCUCCAAGGAAAAUUGGGUAUGUGAAGACAACAUGAAAGUAACACAUGCUUUUGAAUUGAGUCGUGUGGGUGAAAUUUUGGGCACUUUUAUUUUUGGUUAUGUGGGAGACAAAUUUGGUAGGAGAUCAGUAUUCUACAUUUCUUUAACCACACUAUUACUUGGACGUCUAUCGAUGAUUUUUACCAGUAGUUACUAUCCACUAUUCUUAAUAUCCUUAGUUAUUGGAAGUUUAUCUUCUAAUAAUGGAUUUCAAGCGGUUCUCAUUAUUGGGUUUGAAACUACGAAAAUCGAAAAUAGAUCUGUGAUGUCUUUUGUGCAAUGCAUCGCGUGGACUACAGGAAUAUGUAUGUUACCAUUGGUGUAUUGGUUUUUUAAACGCUGGAUUCCUGUUUUAAUAUUUUCCUCUGUACCUCUGACUGGGUUUUAUUUUUUCCGAGGAUACAUGAUUGAAUCUCCCAGAUGGUUAGCCAAUAAAGGUAAAAUCGACAGAGCUCUAAAACAGCUGAACGAGAUACGUAAAAUAAAUAAAACUUCUCUUUCGCCGGAAUUAGUAUCAAACCUUCGUAGCUUCAAAAAAUUAGAUCAAGGCACUUCAUCUAAUAUAUUUCACUUAUUUAAAAAUAAAACUAUUGCGAAAAUUACAAUUACAUCCAUUGUCGCUUGGGCUUGCUACAACUUGGUAUAUGUUAUUUUGUAUUUAAAUGCUACCAACUUGCGGGGUAACCCCUACAUGAAUUUCUUCUGGCAAUGUUUGGCUGAAUUGCCGGGUUACGCAAUUGGGAAAUAUGCUUCAGACUUUUUAGGUAGAAAAUUGUCAAGAAUUAUUUCAUUUGUAAUUACAGGGAUUGGUUGUUUACUAUUGGCAAUAAUUGUUCUUGAUUCUAAGUAUUCCCUAUUGGUCACGAUUAUAGCCAUUUUAAUGAAAGUUACAAUAUGCAUAUGUUACUACUGUACUACUUUGCAUACUCUAGAGAUUUAUCCUACUAACAUGAGACAAAGUGGUUCAUCCAUUGGUUUUUUGGCGGGAAAUGGAGCUUCUAUACUAGCUCCUUCUGUAAUAUACUUGGGCACAACGAUGGAUGUAAGAAUACCAUUUUUUGUGAUUACGUGCUUAUGUUUAGCUGGAACAAUUUUCACCUUUGGUCUGCCUGAAACUCUCAAUAAUAAAUUACCUGAAACAAUUCAAGAUGUUGAAGAAGUUAUUGAUAAACAGAAGUUUUAUACAUUCCGUCAAGUCAAAACGAAUUUAACUUCAGAUAAUAAUUCACAUCUAAUAAAUGAACUAUAAUGUAGUAAUGUACCAGUAAUAUUUUUUAAUAAGAUCACAAUAUUAUAUAACCUAUACCAUUUAAGAAUGAUAUGAAAAAAAUUAUGGUUACAAAAAUAAUCUAUCGAAAUAUUUUUCAA